AGAUGUAGAGUUUGUAUGGGUGAUCCCGAAGCGCUGAAAACACAUUUCCAUGAGGAUUUCUUUGAACUAAGAAACAAAGCAAGUCAUGAUGUGCAGUGUGGACGGCUAAUUUUGGGUGAACACUUCAAGAAGACCUAUGGAUUAAACAGCAGAUCARUUUUAAACAACUCUAGAUACUUUCAUGUUGUUGGAGGUCUUCCAGCUGAUGCAAUGCAUGAUGUUUUGGAAGGUGUUCUUCAGUACAGUGUUAAAGAAUUARUGAAAUUCUAUYUUAUUGAAGAAAAGCUAUUCACUGUUGAGGAGCUGAACAAAAGAAUUGCUGAAUGUGAUUAUGGAUACCAUAAUGACACUAACAGACCUGCUCAAAUUGCACAGAAAAAGCUAGAAUCUCCAGACYACAGCCUAAGACAYCAUGCAAAUCAAAUGUGGUGURUUGGUCUUCAUCUCCCUCUCAUSAUAGGAAAUUUGGUUCCUGAAGAUGAUGAAAAGUGGCAUCUGUAUUGCACACUGUUGCAGAUUGUAAGAAUCAUAUUUUCUCCAAUCAUCAAUCGGGGUCAAAUGCCCUACUUACAAGUCCUUAUCCAAGAAUAUCUMGAGAAGUUUAAAGAACUAUACCCUCAAUGCUCUAUAAUCCCAAAAAUGCACUACAUGGUUCACAUGCCAAGGACAAUGCUACAGUAA